GUGACGCUAAUAUAGGAAGUGUUAAGCAAUGCGCGGGAGUUUAUUGUUGCUAUCAAGGGAGCUAGAGUCCAUAUGAAUUUUCUUUUUUCAUCUAAAUCAAGAUAAUAGUAGCUCAGUAAUUUGUAUAGAAUGGCUCAGCUAAACGAAGUGGACUUACCGCCGAACCUGUCAUGUCUGAAAAGCAUAGACACCCUUCUCCGCUGUCCUAUCUGCUUUGAGUUUCUCAACAUCACCAUGAUGACCCAGUGUUCUCACAACUUUUGUUCUCUGUGCAUACGGAAGUUUCUGUCCUAUAAGUUGUUAUGUCCUGUUUGUAACUUGCCAUCAAAAGAACAGGACCUGAGGAACAACAGAUUAUUAGAUGACUUAGUUCAGAGCUUCCAAGAAGCAAGGCAAAAAUUGUAUCACUCAAAUUUGGAAUCGCCCCCUAUUUCACCGGAAACCCCGGUUAUGAUGAUCAAAGGCAAAGCAGCAAGACAGAAGGUCCUCAGAAAGGAAGCAAACACCCUCAGUCAUUUUUUCCAGAAAAAGACCCCUGUGACUCCCUCAUCAGAGGCCCAAACAAGUCGUAAGCUUCACUUGCCAGUCAAAUCAGAACCCAUGGAGGUGUGUUUACAGCAGCUAGGUAACAUCAAUCAAGAAAAUGUGGAGGAUCCAUUGGGAAUGGUGAAAGACGAAAAGAUGGAUGUAACUGCUUUUCCUUCCACAUCACACAAUAAGCCACUGGGUAAAGUGGAAUGCCCUGUCUGUGGAGUAGGUGUGCCCGAACAGCACAUUAAUAAACAUCUGGAUAUGUGCUUGAGCAGAGAUGAUAAGAAGGAGGGAUUGAGAAGUGGUGGAAGGCGAAAGGCGAUGCCUAAGCUGUUGUACACUUUGAUUACUGUUCCAAAGCUCAAGAAGAUGCUUAAAGAAUGUCACCUGUCUGCUCAAGGCAGCAGAGAGCAGCUCGUGCGACGCCACCAGGAAUUCACCUACAUCUAUAAUGCACAGUGUGAUGCACUCAACCCCAAAUCAGCUGAAGAAAUUGCCAAAGAAGUUGAAAACAACGAGAGGUUAAAGAAACAAAUGGAGAGUAAACGAAAACCUGUAAUCAUCACUACGAAGAAUCAGACUGCUGAAGAAAUUGAGGAGUUGCACUCAGUGUACCGGAAGCAGCACAGUAGCGAAUUUUCCCGUUUGAUUGCCCAGGUCAGAGGUCAUCUGGAGACGUCCAAGAGAGCACCAAUCAAACAGGAAGAGGAGAAGUCUAAAGAGGAAACAGACUCCAAAGGUUCACCAAACAGCAUUCAAAAUUCUCCCCAGCCUCUCGUUUCUGCCAUGCUGAAAGUGAAGAGUGAAGAGAUGGACGGAGUAAUUGAGCUUCCAUCAAGAUCAUCAAGCCCUACAAUCAGUGAAGUGUCAGUCAGCAGAAGACCUCCAGUAACAGAUGUUCCUCAUUGUGUCUUUAGAAAGUGGGUGGACCGUUUUAACAAGCUCCAUCUCAGAUAUUUUCUGUUGAAGAAAUGGCAGCAGCUACUCAAGAUGUUGUCCCACAAAGAUCCCUGCAUCCACAGUCAUCUAAUGAAGGCUUAGAGUCUAGCGAGUUGUUGUUGGCAUGCGUUGUAUCCCUAUAGUUCCAGCACAUCUGGAGUGUGUAAGGCCUUCUUUCAGCGAAGGAUUGCUCUUCUUUGAUAGAGUAGUGCCCCCCACUAUGAGCCACUCACUGGGGGAUAAGACUCUCAGGCAGUAGCUGCUCUCUUUCCAUUUCAGUUUUUGUCUAGAGACAAGAUAUUCCCACCCGUUACUGUAGAGUCCGCCUUGAGGAUCCACCUCAAGCUUUAUAAAUGUGGUAUGGAAAAUUUUACUUGUGGGAUAGUAUUAUGUCAGAUGUGAUAUUAAGACUCUGCUGUCAUGAUGAGAUAAAAAAAAAAUCUGUUGAAAGAAAUUCUCCAGCCUAAUUAUUGAAACCAGUGCUCUUGGAUUUAAAGAAUCUCUAUUAGCAUUAAUCCAUAUAUACGUCACCUAAUGAAAUGUCAGUAAAUCGUAGUUUGUCUUUUAAAUCCAGUUUUCUUAUGAUUAUCAUUUACAAAGGCUUGGCAGACUUUUGUACUGGAAUUUAACCAACAUCUGACCACAUGCGUUGGUUAUGGUGAGAGAUGCUGUCAGAACUUUGUACUGUAAUAGUCAGGUUUUGAUAUUUAUUUAUUUUUUAAUGAACGAAAUGGAGGACAUUUAAAAGCAACAUUUUUAUUUAAAAUCCAAUUAUACAUAAGUUUGAUAAAUAUAAAAUUUGUACUGGAGAUCAUUCUGGUUGUGAAGCUUAUCAACAUGCAUGUCAUAAAUAAAUUUAAAAAACGCUUGUUUACAGGGAACAAGAAUAUUUGAAAGGCUUUUAUCUGAUGUUCUCUUUCAUAAUCAUGAGGUUUGCCCUAUUUUGGUUGAGAUGAGGUACUUUAGAAAAGUUAAUUACAUGCAGUAUGUCCAUUUUACAUAUCUAGUCAUAGUUAAAUGAACACAUUAACACUUUGGCUUGUUUUUGUACUGAGUGUGGACAAAUACUGUAUAGCUGUUCCAGUAACAUUAAAAAAGAACUCGCAUUUCAAACAUGCAUGUCACAGACUUUUGAACUGAUAUCAAUCUGAUCAGUGCCUGACAUAAGCAAUAGCAAAAAUGGUGCUUGAUUAAUGUUCCGGAGUCUCUUUCAGAAACGUUCCUGUCUCAGCCAGAACAGAACUGUCAUCUUACUGGUGAAGUGAAUUCUCACCACUCUGUCAUCUUACUGAAGUAGACCAGGGCUGUAUCCCAUUUCACAUACUUCUACUAAGUACCGAAAAUAUGUGUUGCACUGGCGAUAAUAAAAUUCUUCAUAAAAUGGCAUCUGAAACCCGUUCAAACCAGUCAGAUUAGAUUUAUUUGAGAUAUUUUGGCCAAUAUUAUUCCAAAAUGCAUGCUUAGAAAAUCUUCUGUAAAUAAUGUGAUUUGGUCACCUUUGACAUACUGUUUUCAGAUUUGGGCCGAAUAAGCAGUUGACCUAUGCAGGUUUGUGAAUGUUGAAUGUAGUUAUUCAGAUAGCAUGAAUUAAUUUACUUGCUGUUUACCUAAAAUAUUUGACGACAGAAAAAUUCUCAGGGUUUUAAGGUAGAUUUUGACACUGAUACAAAUGGGAAAUGUCAAAAUGGUUUAAUAAUUAGCUAAUAUACAGUAUAUCUAUGUAACUUGAUGAUCCUUAGUCAGAAUUGAUUAAUUAUAACCUGUAGCAUAUUCUUACAAUAAAUAACCUAUUUUUCCUUCCAUCAAAAUGUAAGAAUCUAGCUUAAACUUUGAAGCUAGUAUGAAAGACUUGCUCAUCAAGGUUUCAAUUUUCUCUUGGAAGUGAAAUGUUAUGUCAUAGCGGUUUCUUACAGCCUGUUCCCAAACACAGGAAUGUUCAAAGAUUUUAUGCAUUUCCAGAAUAGAUUAGCCUUUUAACGCCCUCCUCAUUGUUUAUGAAACAGAAAAAUCCCUCCACUCAAUCUCUGGUUAAACCUUCAUCAAGACAUACGGCUGCCUUUGUGUCCCAGGCGAUGUCAUUCGUUCUCCUUUUGAACUGGCUGCUUUGGGAGCCAUAAGCAAGCGCUCAGUGUCACUCAUUGUUUCUCCAGCACUUUGUGUGAUUUAUGAACCAUGGGACUGAAAGGGCUGAUUUGUUUGUGUUUUUCUCAUUAAGCAUAUGGAUCAAAUAUUUCCUAUGAAUAAAAUAUUCUUCUAUGGCUCUUAGAAGGCUUAUCUGCAGGCCUUCAGCUCCUGCUUAAUUGUUAUACAAUAAAUCUCUUCAAAGGCAUAAAGAAGGGAGAGGAAGCAUGUGGAAGGAAAACAGUGCUGGUUUAUUUGACUAGCACCAAAUCCCACACAUAUUCUCCUCUCAAUGUGCAGCAGAGCCGAUUUCCAUAGCUCAGGGGUCUUCAACCUUUUUUCAGGCCAAGGGACCCCCUUGGUGAGUAGAAAAAUUGGAACUGGAACCAUAUUGCGUUGUAUUUUAAGCCUGGCCUUUAAAAAGGCAUAAUAUGCAUUUAGUUACACAAUCAUGUAUUGGCACCAUCUAUGGAAGCUGUUUCCAACAUUAAAUAAAAAAAUUUUAAAAAAAGGUAAUUGCGACUUUUUGUCACAGCCCAGACUUUUUCUUGCAAAUGGGGGUUUCUCAGAAUUGAGUGAAAUAAACUCGCAAUUGCGAGUUAUAAAGUAAAAUUGUGAAAAAUAAUGUCAAAAUUGCAAGUUAUGAAGUCAGAAUUGCGAGAUCGCAGUUUGUAUUUUUUUUCUCUCAGAAUUGAGUGAUACACUGUAAAAAAUUUCAGACCUCCCAAACUCAAAUUUUUCUAGUGACUGAUUACAUCUAAAUUUUUCCAUUGGCCCAAUUGAAUUUUUUCAAUUGUGGCAACAGUCUGUUAACAUUGGCUCAAUGAGAAAUGUUGAGCCAAUUGGAAAAACAUUAAAUCUACCAAACCAUGUUAUUGGCCCAAUUAAAUAUUUUAAAUAGUAGUAGCAUAUAUUUUUUGUUUUACCUAAUCUAAAAAUGUAUAUUGGCUAAUUUAUAUUGCUAAACCAACCUUACUGAAUUGUUUAUUCCUCGUUGUCCCAAAAGAAAAUGAUUAAAAAAAAAAUAAUAAUAAAAAAAACAUUAAAUGAUGAUACACUGAACACGGACACAUUUUAAUAAAUUUUUAAUAAAA